AAAUAAUCUGCCUCAUAAUAUACCUAUGAAUCAAAACGAGAGUUCUGAUAUAAUUGAGAAGCUGGACCUUCAUAUUAGUUGUCGAUAAUUGGACGAUCUAAACAUUGUCUCAGACUUAGAUCCUUACGUAGUAAUCUAUUAAAACAAUAAUAACCAUUGUAAGAGCAUAGAUAAUAUUGUAUUCAAGGGACCAUAAUCGGAUAAACUGAAGUGAUUAAGAAUGAUUUGAACCCUAAUUAUAAAACAUCCAUAUAAUUGGAGUAUCACUUUGAAGUCUAAUAACAUUUAAAGCUAGAAGUUUAUCAUUACAUCAGUCCAACUUAAUCUAAUGUAAGAUACUUCUCAUGAUUCUAGAUUGUUGGUAUUGCAGAAACUACGGUUGCUCAUAUAGUUGCUUCAAAAGAUCAAAUUUUAAUGGGGGAUUUAAUCACUUUCUCUGGUAGAAGGAGUGGCAAUUUCAUAAUUUAGGCAGUUGUAGUUGAGUAGACCAAAGAGGAUAUCCUCCUUACCUUAUCUGGACAUAACGUUAAAGAAACCAGAUUUUGGUUUUGGCAUGGCACAAGUCCAUAAUUAAAAUUCUACAGAUAUAUCAUGGAUGACAAUAACCCAGUCUUAAUUUAUGAAACUAAUUUUGCAAAGAAUACAACACAACCAACAUGGAAAGAUGUCACUUUCACAUCUUCGAAGUUAUGUGGUGGAGAUUAUCAGAUGGAUAUCAAAGUUGAAUUAUGGGAUCAUAGAAACAACGGUAAGCAUUUGUAUCUAGGAGAGACGACAUUUUGCGUAAAUGAAUUAAUAGAUCAUAAGAGGAAGAGUAUGAUAUUGCAAAAGGAAUUUAUAAACAAAACAAAAGGUGGGGAAUCUUUUGGAGUCCUUCAAUUCAAUAGAUUUUAAUUCAAUCACAACUAUACGCUUUUAGAAUAUUGUCGAGGAGGAUUAUAGUUAAAAUUGAUAACUGCCAUUGAUUUUACAGCUUCAAAUGGCAAAUUCAAUGAUCCAAAUUCAUUGCAUUAUAUGAAAAGUAAAGGAGCUCCCAGCCAAUAUUUAUAAGCCAUAACUAGUUUAAUGGAAAUUUUGAUAUGUUAUGAUCAAGAUAAGAAUGUGCCCGUUUAUGGUUUUGGAUGCAAACCAAAAAUGAAUUUGAUCAACACCAAUAAAACACUUUCUUCAUUUGCUCUUAAUGACAACCCAGAAGAUCCAGAGUAACUAAUUUUUAUUUAUAGUUUAAAGAGUAAUUGGUUUGGAUGGAAUAGUCUAAUGCUACAUUAAGUAAUUGCCUAAUUUGUGUUUCGAUGGUCCUGGCUAAUUGCUCCCGAGCUUGAAAAUCGCUAUGGAUAUGGCCUAUUAAUUGAAAUUAUAAGAUAGUGAUAAAUAUUAGAUUCUUUUGAUCUUCACACAUGGAUAGGUCAGUGAUAUGAAAGAAUUUACUAAUGAAUUAAUUGCUUUUUCGAACUUACCAUUAUCAAUCAUCAUAAUUGGUAUUGGAGAUGGCAACUUUGAUGAAUUGGAAAUCUUGAACAAUUAAGUCAAAUCCAUCGUAGAUAGUUAUGGAAACUAUGCAACUAGAAGUUUCCUUCAGUUCGUUCCUUUCAAUUAAUUUAAGAAUGAUCUCGCUAGGUAAGUCUUGCCUUAGAUAAAUAAAUAACUAUUGCAGUAUAUGAAAGUAUUGGAUAAGUCUCCUAAGCCUAUAAAUCAUAAGAACUUAUUAAAUCUAAAAUUGACAAGACAGUAUCCAUAACCAUAGCCAUGUGUACCCUUAUAACCGCAAUUCCCUUCAAAACUAUUAUAUCCUCCAUAAUUGGUAUUCCCUCCAUAAUUAUCAUAUCCAAAUUAACCACAAACAGGUGUUGCACUUAACUAACAAGCAUAUACAGAUUAAGCGUUUUAACAAGGCCUUGCGUAAUAAACGAAUUAAUAGUUCGCCCAUCCAUCAUAGUGA